AUGGACUCCUACUCGGAGGACGCGGCGCCGCCCUUUUGCAUCGGCCAUCAUGAGCCCAACCGCCAAGUGCCCGUCACCGCAAAGGUGGUUCGACUGGUGCAUGAAAGCAAUUAUGAUAUGAUGACGGUGCCAAUUACCACCUCGCAUUUCCACUCCCGUGUACUGGGGUUAUUGUCCUCUCAUCUGUCGAAUCUGCAGAAGCCUUCGUACGAUGUAGUAGGGACCAUGGCGACCACACCGAACUCACAGCCGCUCGUGAUCCCACCACUCUCGAAGGCGGAUUCGUAUCUCAUCCCGAACGAAGCUACUAGCCAAUUGGUCGGAGUGACCAGCAGCUGGAUUGACCUGUGCUCCCCAGAUCCGUUGAUCGCAGACCUGUCCCGCCAAGUGCUGAUGCUGGAAGUGGCAUACGCAGCCUUCUGUGGCAUUGGAUACCUCCUCGUCCCUGGCCCCAAACUACAUCACAGCGGAAUGCACUCCGAAGGCGUGAUAUACUAUGCCCGAGCGAUCCAGGACGCUGUGGCCCUGGGGCCUUAUAUCCAAUUCCACAUCUGGCUCCGGAUGGUCGACAACCCUGAAUUGGAGGUCGAUACGAUUGGCGACCUGGCCGCGCUGGCUCGUGAAGCGUACAUCGUGCCGGAAGACGGACCUCCGCCCAAACUGGACUCAUUCGGGACGUGGGACGCGUGGGAUGCCAUCCGCAAGACUUGUAAAUACCAUACAAGGCUGUUCGUUGCUCUCGUCUUGCCCAAACAGCUCCCUGCUUUGUCUGUACAGGCUCGGUGGCACUCAGAACCUGUGCACCUGCUGACAAUUGAUUCCUCGACAUUCCUGAAAAACCAGAAAGGGUUCCCCGUUUUGUCCAAGGCGCACCAAGGCUUGAUCUCCAAGCUGAUGCGCCUUCGGACCGCGCCGUGGAUCCUUCUGUGCGGCAUUGGUCCCAUUCCGGGGCUUGACAACGUGGAAGAUACUGAACCAGGCCAGUCGCAUCUUCCAGGCUCAGAAUAUCCUAGCCUCUCACAGGCGGCAGGUGCUGACAAAAAGCACCACGACCCGACGCCGCACCUCUCGUAUAUGCGCAAUCUCCAGCAGAGACAACCCUCGCGCACUGCAAUUGAGCGAUUUGGCACCGGGUAUCAGGAUUAUCUGCAAGCACCCUUGCAGCCACUCACGGUCAACCUAGAGAGUAUCACGUACGAGGUAUUUGAAAAGGAUCCCAUCAAGUAUGAAUGGUACGAGCGGGCCAUUGCGAAGGCACUGAGGGACUGGGUAGACCAGAAAAAGCCGACGUCUCACCCAGAUGGCAAAGUUGUCGUGGCUGUUGUAGGUGCUGGUCGAGGCCCGCUGGUGACUCGAGCAAUCCGGGCUAGCGCCGAGUCCGGAGUCGACAUUGAUAUAUGGGCGGUGGAGAAGAACCAGAAUGCAUUUGUGCUGCUCCAGCGCCAUAACGAGACCAUCUGGGGCGACAAGGUAACGCUAGUCCAGUCGGACAUGCGCAGCUGGAAGGGUCCUCGCGUACGCAAAGCAGGGUCGCAGGAGUCGGUGGGAGAAUCACUCGGCAUUGAACAUUCAAUGCUUUAUAACCCGAACAACGGCCACAACAAUGCCGACCCCACGGCUUCCGGACUCUCUUACACCUACGUUGACAUCAUCGUGUCCGAACUGCUGGGCUCUUUUGCCGACAACGAACUGUCGCCUGAAUGCCUGGACGGUGUAAACGAUCUUAUCAACCCGGUCCAUGGUAUCUCCAUUCCGGCUUCCUACUCGGCCCAUCUCACGCCCGUCUCUGCUCCUAAACUGCAUUGCGAUGUUAUGAACCAAACUAUAUCCAAUCCGGCAGCGCCAGAAACGCCAUAUGUGGUCAUGUUGCACGCCAUCGAUUUUCUUUCUACUUCUGAUUCACCUGCGGCUUCCGCAGCUAAUUCAACCUUGGGAGAUGCUACAAGCCAAAAUGGUGUUGGUCGAUCCUCGGCGCAAGGCACGCCAUCCUCCACAACCGAAUUUCCCACCCCAUUGGUGCAAACCGCGUGGUCUUUCUCGCAUCCCAACAGGAAUAUUCCACCUCAACAGCCGGGAAGCGCAACGCUUUCCAACGCACACAACGUGCGCCAAACCCGUCUGGCCUUCCCUGCCCAAAACCGGGGCGUGUGUCACGGCCUCGCUGGGUAUUUCGAAACUGUUCUGUACCCGGGCGUGGAGCUCUCGACUAAUCCAGUGACUAUGGAGGCGAAGAGUGCCAACAUGAUCAGUUGGUUCCCGAUAUACUUUCCGCUGAAGACCCCACUCAACGUCCCGGAGGGCGGCGAAAUCGUCGCCACCAUGUAUCGCCAAACAGACGACCGCAAGGUCUGGUAUGAGUGGCUAGUGGAAGUCUUUGCCUUGGAGCGCACAGCGCCGGCCCCUGCAGCGCUUGCAUCGCACCCUGCGAGUGGUUCGCGCGGUGUUUCGCCGGGUAUGGAGAGUGUCACGAGCAAGCAGAACGGUGUGCGACAGUCACAGAAAAACCUGAGUCCUCAGGCUGGCUACCGCCGGGUACGAGUUGGCAUGAGCGACUUGCACUCGAGCAUCAAGGAUGGAUGUCUAAUGUGA